ACAAAAUGUGAAGCAUUGCAUUUCCACCCAUGGUCAUACUUUCCUUUAUCCACUGAGGAACUACUACACUAUGCCCCUUCACAUGUAAAAAUCUCCAGUUAAUUGCCAGCUGCUCAAAGUUGGGAAGAACUUAAACCACGGCCAAGUUUCACAGUCUAUAUAUCUUAAAUGUGUAUUAAGAGCAGAAUUUUGUGUUUCAGUCAUCCAUCAGGGAUCCUAUGACUGGUCUUUAAACUGAAUAGAAAUGAAAAGGAGUGAGGGAAAGACACACAGACCUGUUGGAAAAGCUCUAAUCAUAUGGGAUUUGAAUUUGUACCUUACUAGAUACCUGCAUAUUCAUGUCUGAGAAGAAUCUUCAUUGAGGAAUUAAUCCUGUAGGGUGUAGUAAAGUGUGAGCUAUGACUAAAGCACUUCUGGUGGGUAGAUUAUGUAGAACGACUUCUCUCUCUGUGGAUUCUCUGAUGUCCAACAAGACCUGAGCUCAUGCUGUACCUUUUCCUGAAAUGAUAGGAUUAAGAACUUAUCUUUCUCUAAUCACACCUUUUUUGCACAAGCUUAAUGAAAAAUCCAUUUCUUAAUGCCUCUUGCUCUCUGUCGAAUUUGACUGCAAUUAGUAAAUUGAAACACAAAUAUACAGAGGAUGAGUGUGUAAGCCCGGCUUCCUUGGGAAACUAGUGAAAACCAAAACAAAAACGCCCGUGUUCAUUUCCCAAAAGGUGCAGCUCAAAAGGCAGUUUGCUUGUGUGGGUUGGUUUUGCUUCAAGCUUCUAUGCCAAGUACGUGCUGUACUAAGCUUGAAUAGUCAUGAUAGUUCACAUGGUUAAAUCUGAGGUCCAAAACCUAUUGCAUUGAGUAUAUGUACAUGUAUUGAGUGAAACCGUGUACAUUGUUCUGGUCUCACAGUGCAGAAAUACAUGAAGGAACAUUUUUUCAGACUUCUGAGGCAAAACCAAGCCAGCUUCAAGGCGGAAAGAAGCAUGAAAAGCUCCAGUUUCAUUAAGUGAAUGUUUCAGAGUGAGAAAGACUGGAAGUUACACUUAAACUACGUUGCAACGUUUGAUAAAAAUGGCCAUGUUUAAGUAGCAACUGGCUUGAACAGCUCGUAAUGAACAUCAUCAUUGGCAAAUGCAAUGGCAGAGGGCAAGGUUGAAGAUGUCCAGAGUGUUCUACGACUUAAUGUGCGAGGAUGUUUAUACACAGCCAGGCGGGAGUCUUUGUGCCGCUUUAAGGACUCAAUGCUGGCUUCUAUGUUUAGUGGACGCUUUCCUCUAAAAGUGGAUGAAUCAGGAGCUUGUCUAAUUGAUCGAGAUGGAGGCCUGUUUAAGUAUCUUUUGGAUUAUCUUCACGGAGAAGUUCGGAUUCCUGGAGAUGAACAAAUUCGAAUUGCACUGCAGGAAGAAGCAGAUUAUUUUGGAAUCCCUUAUCCAUACAGCCUGUCUGACCAUUUGGCCAAUGAAAUGGAGACAUAUUCUUCAAGGUCAAAUAUAGAGCUUAAAAAGGCCUUGUUAGAUUUCUGUGAUUCUUAUGAUUUAGUUUGUACCAAGCCUACAGUGUGGGUCCUGCACUAUCUCAACACAUCUGGAGCAAGCUGUGAAAGUACAAUUAUUGGUGUCUAUGCCACAAGAGCUGAUGGGACCGAUGCAAUUAAUAAGGUGCUAGGAACGAAAAUUCAUAGUAAAAGCAUGUACAAAAGAGAAGCUGGAAAUAAUGUCCAGUACAUCUGGAGCUAUUACUCAGUUGCUGAACUGAAAAAGAUGAUGGAUGCUUUCGAUGCCUGGGAAGGGAGAGGUGUCAGCUACUGGAGAGUGCCCCAGGAGCUGAUUGAAUGUUGGACUCUUGAAGAACGCCCUCUGAAAGGCAGUUUGCAUCAUAUGCCACCAGUUUAUAAAAGACGACUAAUCGACUAUACUGAAGAGGAAGACUGUUUGCCAUCUAAAGUGGGUCCCAAGCCGAUCAGGUUCUCAGGGCCCUCAACAAGUACCCUCAUCAAAGUCAAGAAUUCAGCUUCACUAAAGGUAGCUGCUUGUAGUACUUCACGUUCUGCAGCAACUCUUAAACGACCCAGCAGUGAAAGGUUGACACUGCACAGAGAAGCUUCUGAAACCACAUCCACAACAUGCUCACCGGUGCCCAGCAAUCCCCAGGUGCCCUGUGGAAGGCAGGGUGCUGGCAGUGGGACACCAAGCCAAAUGACAUUCAGGGUUGCAGGGACUAAGAAGCCUGUAAACAACCGUGUAGUGAAGCUGAAACGAACUCCACUUUUUCUUGUGACACCAUCUCAGCCGCCUUCUUCUGUAUCCAGUAAAACAAGUGAACAGGACAGUGCUGCUGGUGAAAUUCCUACUACUUCUGUGGUACUGAACAAGAAAGAACCAGCUGUAUUAGCAGAAAGUAUUACACUUAAGAAUGAUAAAGUGGAUGGAUAAUGUUUGACUCAGCCUGACAGACCAGACAGCUUUGUAUCAUCUGGUCAAAGAAGAGAUCAUCAUCUCGUGUGGUCAUUUAUCAAAGAUUAGGUGUAAAAUGGUGAUGAAAUUCAUGAAAAGCAUAGGAAGAAAUUGUUUUAAGUAAGCACUGAAGUGUGUUUUCUGCUUUAUUUCUAAAUAUUUUUUACAUGUUAGGAAGGGAGGAACAAAAAUGGAUUAAAGAAAAAAAACAAACAUGGAGCACGUGCAGUUUAAUGUUCCAGUAUCUCACAUUCCGUUGGGCUGUACUUUAAAGGGAAUACUUGCACAGCAUAAAAGAAGACCUCUUUAUCAACUUUAACUAUUGUUAAAAAUAACUAUAGUUAACCUUAAUUUGUACCUUUAAAGUGGGAGAAAAUAGAUAAAAACAAGUAGCUUUUCUUAGAUACAAGUUUGCCACAAGUGUGCAACAUACAUGUGCAACAUGUGCAACAUACUGUGAAGACUCCAGAAGUUCAGUGCACUUCUUGGUACUUCUGGUGAGGGUAAAUCGCCCUUUUUUGUUAUUAACAGCAAUGAAAGGGACUCCCUUUGCUUGUACUCAGUGAGGAAAUUCAGAAAUACAGGAAAGGAAGAAGUGUGCCUUGGGAGUGACAAGGCCAUUUUUUUCCCAGAGACACACAUGUACUACCUUGGUACCGGGGUGUGAUCUGCCAUGGGGGAGGCGGCUGCAGCCUUGGUGUGUUGUGUCACACACUGUGGGGUGGGUUUUCUGAAGCUACAGGAACCUCAUGGGUCUGACUUACAGUGGCCUUCCCAUGUCCUUCUGCAGGUCCUUUCAAAUUAGGAGGGGACAAACUCAGCUUCUGUGCAGCAAAGCACAGAAACUGAGGUUGGAGGUGCCCUGGGUUUUGCCCCCCACCUUCCCCCCGAGCAGGCUAGAGGAGACAUCCUUGUGCCAGGGCAAAUGCUGAGGAAUUAUACUGAAAUGAAGAGCUACUGUAUGUUUCUAUCAGGACAGGAAAGGUGAAUUUGGAUCACUGAUUUUAAAGAGCCCUUUUGGUGGUUUAAACCAGUGGACAAAACCUGGCUUUGUUUUGUACCCUUGCUUACAGUUGGGUGCUGGGUUUUUUUGCUGUUUUUUACGAGUGCUUUUGCUCUUCCAGCGCAGUAAAUACAGCUGUCUCUAAACAGUGAGAGCAUUGCCAAAAUGCAACGUUCUUAACAUUCCUGAGACCAUUAGAAUUACAGAAGGAUUCUUUAAAUGUUUUAUUUUCUAGAUCAUUUAGAAGCCAUCAUAUUUUCAGGCUUUUGUCCUAACCAGAAGGAAUUGACACAUCAUCUGCACAAAUAAAAACCCCAAUUUUUCAUGUACUAACAUGUUUUUAAGGAGACAUUUUGUCAUGAACAGUAGCCAUUGUGGAAGUGUGCAGUACUGUUAUUCUCUGCUGUUGGUAUGUAUAUGAAAGACCAGCUGACCUUUAGAAUCUUUAAGCUAGAGGUUUUUCUUAAUAAACCUAAAGAUCACAAUACUGAGGCUCUUCCUAACUCAACAAAGAAAAAGUUUCACUGAACAAAGGAAAAAUCAAAAAUUAUGGAAAUAUGUAACAUAAUGUAAACUACUAUUCUUUGAACAUGCAAUUCAUCAUUGAGACUAAGUCUGUGAAAUUUGUUUUUCCUAAUAAUCUGGUUGAAAGGCAGUUUUUAAUACUUAUCUUCUGUGUGACUUUUUAUUCAAUAGCUGAGCACUUUACCAUACACUUCUAAAUCUUUUGACAAAGCUUCCUAAAGCUUAUUUCUUUCCUCUUCAACUUUUGACAAAUUUAGAAAGCUUCUAUAAACACAGAAUCUGAGAAUAUCCUUCAGGUUAGAGAAGACUCUUGAGAUCACUGAAUCCAACUGUCACUAAAGCUCACAAAAAGUACAGAAUUUUGCAUGCAUACAAGAAAAAAGCUUUGAGAAUAAUCCUACAGGACUUUCUGAGUUUGCACUACCUCAGUGUUCAUUUAAUUAUUCUAGUAGCACAGUAUUUUUGGAGAAACAUUCAUGUCAUUUGUAUUACAGUGGCUUUAAUGAGUCUUCUCUUUGUCCUGGACAUACUAGCUUGUGGUUAAAAGAAUAAAAAACAACCAAAAAGAACUCCCUUGAAUUUCAAUAGAUAAAAGAGGAAAGUGGCUCUGGUGGAGAGGUAAAGAAAGAUCAAUUAUUUUUUGAAGGACUUGAUUUUAUUUAUUUAUUUUUAAUUGGACAUGGCCUUUUAAC